AAAAGAGCAGACGCCUCCAGAGAAAGACACACACGGUGAUCCAACAGGUUCCUAGCCGCCACACAUUCUCAGCAAGCCAAUAUGAAAGCCGUGCUCGCCGUGGUGAUCCUGGGCGCGGCAGCCGCCGCCUUUGCUACUGCAGUGCCCACCAAUCCCAGUAGCGGCCAGAAGCGCCACCAAGACCAGCCUAACGAGAGACGCGAUGUCGGAGUGGGGGAUGUGAACUUCGGCGGUGGGAGCUUCAACCCCAAGGUCAAUGUAAAUAACAAGCACUAUCCUUCACCAGGUGCAUCGAGCGACUCUGGAGUGGGUAGGGUGAACUUCGGCGUCGGUAGCUUCAACCCCGAUGUCAAUGUAAACAACACCGCCUACCCCUCUGGUCACAUACCCAUUGGAACCUACCACCCUCUGCCCUGUAACAAGCAGCGAACUCCCCUCUGUCAAUAAACCCAGCUACAGCUAAUCCCUUGACAUCUACCAUUGUGCUGCCGUUCUGUUUACGGUGUCUACCUGAACAAACAGUACUGAGUUCAUAGACUAUCUAUCACAUGAUACUUUUUAUACUGUAUUGUGAUUGUAUCCAGUUUGUGUGAAUAAAAUUGUGUCUGUGCCGUUAUAGUGAAA